AUGGCGCUAAGGUGGAUCGGAUUAGCUGCUGCUAAAUCAAAACAGGCCCCAAAUCCUCUGACCCCCACCUAUUAUCAUGCUAUUCUAGGCCAUUUUAACCCUCCUCGUGAAACGUUGGUCGGACAUUGGCCGUACACUCUGUUACCGUCGAGGUUCAGGCCCCCCGCCGGCCGAAUCUCCUCAAACUUCGUAGCCGAGGCCAUCCGCAUUUGA